AUGCGAUUUUGUGCUCUACUUCUCUGCUAUCUGGCCACGCUAGCGGGUGGUCUGAAGCAUUCGCUCUGUACAACAUCCGUGCUGCACGUGCGUGGCAGAGAUAUUGUGCAGGCGUCCAGAGGUUCUGUCCUUUUGGUAGUAUUUAUGCCGCUUCAAUGUGCCUCUUGUCAUCGUCAACUCAAACGGCUCUCAUACAUGGCGUCUACACUAGGUGACAUUCGCGUCGUUGUACUUGCUCCUUCGUAUGAAGCACCUGUAACCAUAUCAAGGAUACAAAAUGAGUUUCCACGGCUAGUAAUUGAUCGAGAUAUUGAUAAGGUAUGGCGAGUCUAUGAAGCGUCCAACCACGAUCAGAUUGUAUUUGACAGAUGUAAUCGCGUUGCUCACGUGCUAUCACACCCACGCAGCGACAUGACAUCGUACCGUGACACGUUGGAUGCGAUCGAUAGUGCACGUGACCACGCUCCGUGUGGUCCGUGCCAGCAUGAUGUUAAUCGAAAUGACUUGAACACAGGAUCUCGAAAGACAGCCAAGAGUGUUGAUGCGUUCGUGAAAAUGUCUACAGUACAACAACGGCAACGACAGCAGCAGCAGCAACAACAACAACAACAACAACAACAACAACAACAACAACGGAUAGAUGCUCGCCGAUAUGAGGAAGAUCGCAGAUCGAAUUCGAAGCCAAUUUUGAAUGUGCGGGCAAAUUACAAUCAGCGAAUAGCACAACAAGAUCGCGAUGCGCAGCGGCAGUAUGUGCAAAUGCAUCAGCAGCAACAACAGAGCUAUCAAGCAACAGCAACAACUGCACAUCCGGAUAGGAGCCGGCAGCAAAACAGCAACUAUCUUCACCAAAGCAAUUACAGAGCGGCAAAUGGAGCACGUAGAGUGCAAGAUGAGAAGAGCUAUCUGGCGCAGUCGAACGUGGACCCGCGCCUGGUUCAAUCUAACCACAAUCGGCAACUUUCAUUACAUCCUGUAGUUACCACUACGUCACAACAGACUUAUGUGCAGCACGGUUACGGACCUGACGAGGAUUACGAAGAUGAUGCGCUACCAGUUGUGAUGACCACAGCGGCUGUGCAGACUCAGAUUCCCACUCCGACAUCGUUCGAUCCCCUCUGGCCAACUCCAGCACCGGGACAGUUUUUCCACAGUGAUCCAAGGAAUCCGAAGAAGGUUGAAGACCCACGAUUCACAAAGUUUGGUGAAUUGGCGUCUGAGAACAAUAUCCCCUGUACAGCUUACACAGAUGACAUCUGCUACCAGCAGCAAGAAAAACUUGGUCGUGAAAAUGUGUCAAAAUGUUGUAAGAAGGGAAUUUAUCUUACGGAUGUUUGUAUGCCAGGAAAAUGCUCCAAUCACACCAUUCAACUUUGCUGUUUCCAGAAAUUUCUGCAGGCCCGCUACACAUGCUGCGAGGACGACGAGCAAUCGUUUGGCCCGGCCAGUACCAAUCAGUUCAGCAUGUGUUGUCACGACAAUUUCGUGAAUGAGGAUGAGUGUUGCGGCAAGGAGACUGCUGCAAGUUAUUGGCGAUCAGUACAUGAAGUCUGUUAUCCGAACACAAAAGUCGACUAUGCAGGGAUAAAGAUGGAAGUUCGUUUUGCCGAAGGUGUUCGUGUGGUGGACAUGAGUGAGAAUCGGGUCUGGGACUACGAAUGUCGCAAUGGUGUCAAUAGGACGCAAUACGCCUACAUACCUUGA